AUAACUUCAUUCACGACUGAAAUUCUUGUGACGACAAAUAUAUAUAACGACAAUCACGAAAGUGGGCUCUGAUAGACUCACUUUCCACCGCAAGGUCCCUUCUUCUAGAUUAUAACGCCCACUAUGGGGAGCGCUACACAGCCAGUGCCAGCUCUCGUAGACCGUCCUGAAAUCCACAAGUCUUGUAGAUCGCUUGAGUCGGUGGUCAAUCUUCUCAAUGACUAUUGUGAGGCCGCACGGGCCGUCGUUAUGCUGCAGAAGAAGUUGUCCAAGGCGCUUCGGGAUGCGGCAGGGCUGAAGGCUACUGGUGAGAUUGCUGGAAACGCGUUCAAUACGAGUGCAGGCAUGUUUGAGGUGUUGUCAGAUGUGGAUACGAAGUUUGCGAAGGUCGUGGACAAGGAGUGUGAUGCAGUUAGCGGCGAGGUUAGGAGGUGGUUCAAGAAGCUGGCGAAAGAGGAAAAAAUCCACGACGACCGUGUGGCGAACGCCAAUGCAAGGAUCAAGCAGGCAGGCCAAUCCUACGAGAAGAAGGCAAAGAAGACUAGUUACGAUGCCGGCGAAGAGCACACGCGAUACAUCAACCUCCUCUCCUCCCUCGGCCCCGAGAUCACACAGGAGAAAUACAAUCAUUCUGUGUUCGUCAACCAGCGGAACAUCAGCAUCACAUAUACCGUAGCCGCAUGUCUGUCGCGAGUUGCAGAUGCUGAAUGGUUACGCUCCGUAGAAGACGUUCGACGUUUCUCUCCACUUGUUGGCCAGCUGGGUGAAUGGCGCUCACUAUGUGAGGGUGGGUGGAUGGGAGCACUCCCUGAAGGGUUGCCGGAUCUGAAUGCACCCUCAACGGAGAAUAAAGCACAACCACCACAUGAGAAGGUCUACGCGAACGAGGCACCCGAACGUGAAUCAGGGCCUUCAUCUCAGCCACCCCAUUACAGCAGCACCAAUGAGCACUCGAACCCUGGUCCCCGUCCCUUUCCUACUCUAGAUACCGAGAAAGAUCGAGACCGCGCCCGACAGAGAGACCUUGACCGAGAGGUGGAACGUCGUGCCCGCUCACCCACGUCCCUCGCCAACCUCGCAUCCUUCCCAUCACCACCGACACACUUUCCACUUCCUCCGGUAUCUCUAUCUAAACCUGGUUCACCUAUUCCUCCGUCACCAUCAGUUGGUUCUCAAUCCAGAGAACAGUAUCUUUCGCAUUCACAAUCGUCUCAAACUCAAACGCAAGCGCACACACAGAACAACUCGUUUCCCAACGAUGGCAGAAAUGCGAAUAUCUCGACAACGUCUUCCGAUAUCUCGAACUCGAGCGACACGAAGGCAAAUUCUGCGCCGCGGACGACUGUUCAUAUGCCAAAAGUAGCGGAGGCUGGUGAGAAAGAGAACGAGCGAACGGAAAGAGAUGAUGUGAGUGACAAGCGUGCGGAUGUGAAUAACCAGACAUCGACGAGGGAGAAGCCCUUGACGGAUGAUACCAAGUCACCAAUAACGCCCAGCGAUACACUAAUGACUCCACCCAUCUCUAACGCCAUUCCUCCUGGCAAUGAGCGAAUUGAGAAAGACCGUCCUCGAGACGUUUUCAUCGCCGAGGCCGGAGACCGCACUGUUACGAAGGACUUCAUCAGCUCUCCUAUCAAGGACGACUCAUCCAACGCCCAGCUUACCUCAUCCUCUUCAGAAUCUGACCACUACCAUCGUCCGACGGCAGCCACCCGUUUCAAUUCCUACAAUGCCCUGAAUACCACCGGGACGUUGAAGAAGGGAGACUACCUCGAUGAUCAUCCAAGUGGCUACGCUCGCGAUAUCAAGAAGGGCGAUUACCUGAACCAGAGGGAAUUCGGAGUUGACGGUGUAGGUCAGAGUUCGCCGACAAAGACUAGGAGUUUGGAUGCUGCGGUGCAGGGUGCGAGGAGGGCUACUAAUGCAGCUGGUGGGACAUUGGAGAGAUCUGAUACCACCAGGACUGGCAGCAGUGUGGUCGCUGCCAUUCGAGAUCGCUAUUCGCGCACGACCGGUCCUGCAUCUCCACCGCCGCGAGAUGUUCCUCGUCUACCGCUUAGUGUCACCGAGAUUGCGUCAAAGUUCACAGGUAAUGCUAACGAGGUGCCUCCGUCACCCCGUCGCGGUCUUGUCUCCCCGAGCAUCAGCGAACAGAGCACCGGCAACCACAAUCACUUCCAACAGGAUGACGCUUCUGCGGGUGCAAAGCUAUCUGAAACUCGACCUCCCCCUGGCAUCAACCAGUCUACCUCAUCAACGACAUCCGCUUCGUCGGAAUCCAUGGACGAGAUAGCCCGUCGACGGAAGCGGAUUGAGGAGCUGGAGGAGCUGGAAAGACGAGAACAGGACUUGGAACUGCGCGCUCGUGAACGCGAGCUCGAGGGUCGUUUGAAAGAACGAGAACGCGAGAAGGAAAGGGAGAGGGAGCGAGAACGGGAGCGCGUGGAGACGUUACGGGCUACAACCAGGCCAUCAGUUGAGGAUUUCUCUUCUCCAAGGCCGCGAGAACGCUUUUCUCAGCCUCAGCUUUCGCAUCGACCAUACUCCCAGUCGUAUGGCCAGAAUGUGUUACGACAGCCACAACCUCAGACACCGAACCUUCCCAGUCGUUACUCAAAUAGCUCUGCUAAUUUGGCUGCACCGCCUACGCCUACCGGCAUGGGACGCACCCUGACCCGCUCACCCGAGAUUUCACAACAUAGUACUAGCUCGGCGCAACCGCAUCCAAUUUCGUGUACUUGCCCCGCUUGUACGGUCGAGCGUUAUGCUGCCGCGGCCGAGGCCAAUCAAGCUGUAGGCAAUCAACUCAGACCCCCUGAAACAAGCAAUACCGGGAAGAAGGGGUGGAGAAGGAGAUUGAGUAUGCCGAUUGUUGUUGGGCAGGCCUUCUCGUUGGAUGGAAAGAAGGAUAAGGACAAGGAUAGGAGUCCUGGCGGGUAUGGAAUGGGUGUUGGGAUUUCAUCAACAGGGAUAGGGUUGAGUGGGAAAGCGGCGUUGGGGAGGCUGGAUAACAAGAGUGUAACGAGUUUUGGGAGACGGUGACCGAUCGAUGGGCAGUCGAUGAAUAUGCUUCUUACGAGCUGCUUGUCUUUGAUCUUCUGUCGUCUGUUUGUUUGUUUGUUUGUUUGUUUGUUUGUUUGUUUGGCGGAAUUUUCUAUACCCGAUCCCUUGUGUCAUCUUUUGCUGCUUGUUCUUGAUCUAGUCGCUGUUAUUUCGAUCUAUCUUAUUCCUUAAUGAGCCGGACCGUCCGUCGAUAUCUAGAACCACGUAUUAGUUUAUACCUCCUCAACUUUUAUCUCCUCAUAUGCUCUCCCGGACAGUCACUCCACUAUGCAUACCUAUCCUUCCGAACAUUUCUACGAUUUUCUUACGAUUUGUGUAUGACUACUAUGCUUAGUUCGUCUGGCGUCUGUCUUGGGAACCUGGACGGAUUAAAC